AUGCAACGCCAGGCUCUUCUCAAAGUGCUGAAGGCCUACGCCGCCUACAACCCCGAAGUUGGUUACUGCCAAGGCAUGGGCUUCGUGUGUGGGGUGCUGCUGCUGCACAUGAGGGAAGCAGCAGCAUUUUGUUUUUUGGUUUGUUUGCUUUCGAAGUAUUCUCUUGCGGACUUGUACAGACCUGGACUGCCUCUUUUGAACAAAUACUUUUUCCAGUUCCAAAGACUCCUCAAGACCCACAUGCCCCAGCUGAGCGCGCACCUGGAGGCGGAGGGCGUGGAGGCCUCGAUGUUUCUGUCGGGGUGGCUGAUGACUUUGUUUGCAUAUAAUUUGCAACUGAACUCCGUCUUGAGAAUUUGGGAUUUGUUUCUUUUCCGCGGAGAGAAGCAGCUCUUCGCCACCGCCCUGGCCAUUCUCAAGGCCAACGAGGCGGUGCUGAUGGCCAGCUCUUUGGAGGGAGUUUUGGAGGUUUUGAAGAAAGUGGAUUUGUCUUUUGAAGAGCUGCAGGCAGCAGCAAAAGGAAUUAAAGUCACGAGAAAGACUCUUGCUGCGCUCGAAGCUGAGUACUACCGCAGCAGCAGCAGCAGCAGCAGCAGCAGCAGCAGCAGCAGCAGCAGCAGCAGCCCACGCGCGCUGCAGCAGCAAAGCCUCGACCCGCAAGGCCAGAUUUCUAGCUAG